CUACAAGCGCGUCCAGGUGAUUCCUCAAUAGAACCGUUACAUCGUGACAACUACCAACAUUCAAAUGAAAACGAACAGCCCAACGGCAUACAACGUCCCCAACAAUCCAUUUCAACGACUUCAUUUUCGGAUAUGAACGCUGCCACAAACGCGAAUCGUUUCAACACCUCACCUCGGUACCAUCGAUAUUCUGUGGAUUCGCCGACUUCCUAUGACCCACACGGAGCAUAUUCACGGCCAUACCGGUCCUCCACUGCCAGUGGGACUGUGGAUUCUCCGAAUCGCCCCAGAAGCUCUCCGCCAUCGCCGCCGGUCUCCCAAAGACCGGCGGAGUCAUCUUGCUCUAAAAUGAUCUCGAAUUACAGUAUGAACGGUGGUGUCAAUGCCGACAAUAAUAAUAGUAAUGAAGAUGGGAAUAUGGACCAUUGCGCUUACAACGCAGGCUCGAGUUACGCCAGAAGCGAACAAGGAUAUUACGGCAAUCCAGAUUUGAACGCAAAUUCAGCUGCUUACAAUCCGAUCGGAGACCAACGGUCUGCGUCCCUUGCUGGACCGUCAUCAUGUGAAGGUGGACCGGGCUCACCUUCAGCCUCCUCAUCGGGCUAUCGAUAUUCUGAGGUAGAAGCCUCGACGAUUAAGAGCGUUUCGUCGGAUCCAAGGACGGCUCGAAUUCCGUCGUCGUCUACGGAUUCUACGACAGCGUGUUCGUCUUCGACCUCUUCAACAACCUCAACGAUCGUUUUAAGGCAAAAUCCCACGUCGGCGCCGGGCAACAACCGCUGCCCGCCACCACCGCCUAAGCAUUCAACGGGUGCCCCUGCGCCCCCUCCACCACCACCUCCGCCACCUCCUCCACCAGUGGAGAUGCUUCGAAGUUGUCGCCCUUCGGUUAGUUGGCUUAGAUGGAUUCCGUUUGCCCAUCUCCUUCCACUGAAACUUUUUACUCGUUUGAAAUGA